AUGUCCCUUUUAGAGGAGAACUCAAGAGUGAACAUGGACUCUGAAGAUGGGGGAAAGGAGGAAGCCCAGGGCUGCUCAGAAGACCCAGCCGGAAGCCCCCUGGAGCCAGGCCCCAGGCUCCCCUCUGUGAGCUCUGCCCAUUCAGAGACCUUCUUUGUAUUAGCCUUGCACGUACGCUCAGCCCACCAGGAGAAAGGAAGUCCAAUUCACCUGGCAGUUUCUAAAGGAGAGUUAUGUCUCUGCUGUGACAAGGAAAAAGGAAAAAGUCAGCCAUCCCUUCAGCUGAAGAAGAAGAAACUUACCAACCUGACUGUCCAGAAGGAGCCAGCACUCCAGCGCUUCAUCUUUUAUAGGUCUAAGGUGGGCUCCCUGAACACACUGGAAUCGGCUGCUCACCCCGGAUGGUUCAUCUGCACCUCCUGUGAGGCUGGUGAACCUGUUGGAGUGACAGAUAAUGUUGGUAAAAGGAAACACACUGAGUUUGUAUUUCGGAAAGUUUGCAAAGCGGCAGUGAGCCCCAGUGAGGUCAGUGAAUAGGCAACUGCCCCAUCGAACGCCUCCCUCUGCUUUCCUAAAUCAUAUCCAUCGCAGAAAAACAUAACCUGCUCACUAACCUCUUUGUCUAUGGGUUUCUUUUUUUAUUCAAACUUUAAGGAUCUGUGUUUUGAGAAUAUAGCAAGAAGAGCCACGUCAUCUUAAAUUGAUUAUAUCUAUAAUGACCCUAUUUCCAAGUAAGGUAACAUUUAUAGGUACUAGGGGUUAAGACUUCAACAUAUCUUUUUGGGGAGACACAAUUCAACUCAUAAUACCCCAAAUUACAACUGGUCAAAAGGUGAUGUCAGGGCAUUUAAUCUGCUGCAGAAACUCCUACAGGAAUCACCCCAACCAGAGGUUCCUUUCACAGCUGGUCCUUCCUCUGACCCCAUCCAAGGUCCUGGGGUAGGGUGAGGCAGGCAAGAGGAAGGCUGUCUUGGGAGCAGAAAGAGAAGAUCUUUAUCCACCCUGCACUCUGCUUGGGAAUGAGCUAUCCAUCACAGAGCAUAACGAACAGCCUUCGGAACUGUGGACUCCAAACAUUUUUUGAUCCCAUUUGUCCUAAUCAAUAAAAUAAAGUUGAAGAUA